CUUUCAAUCAUGGCUACCGUAGACGUGGAAGAUGAAAGUAUCCUGGCGUCGAUCUUCAGAGACAGCUUUCCAGAAAACUGGAGGGACAAUCCUGACUUCGCGGCGUAUUUGCUGGAGUUGAGCUCGUUCGGUGUGGAGAAAUUGGGCCGCGAACCUGAGCGUCUGUCGGAGGAAAGAGCUCAGAUCCUUCAGCAGACCCGGGAGUUGGCCUUCAGUAACUACAAAAUCUUCAUCAGGACCGCCGACUGUACACAGCAGAUCUAUACAGACUUCAGCAAGGUGGAGAACAGCGUCUCUAAACUACUCCAGAAACUGCCGGGAUUUGGAGAAAAAUGCAGAGGUUUCAUUAAAGCCGCUGAGGAUAUCAGCAUUAGCAGACGCAUGAACAGUCUGACACUGAAUCGACACACUGAGAUCCUGGAGAUCUUGGAAAUCCCUCAGUUGAUGGACACCUGUGUUCGCAACGGAUAUUAUGAAGAGGCACUGGAGCUGGCCGCUUACGUGAAGCGACUGGAGAAAAAACAUUCAUCCUUGCCUGUUAUACAGGGAAUUGUGCAUGAAGUUCGACUGUCUGCUCAGCUCAUGCUAAACCAACUUCUCCAGCAACUGCGCAGCAAUACGCAGCUCCCCGUGUGCCUGCGUGUGAUCGGCUAUCUGCGCCGGAUGGACGUCUUCACCGAAGCCGAGCUGCGUGUCAAAUUCCUCCAAGCCCGCGGGAGCUGGCUGCGAUCCAUCCUCGCCGCGAUCCCAGACGAAGACCCUUAUUUCCACAUCACUAAGACCAUCGAAACCUGCCGUGUGCAUUUCUUCGACAUCAUCACCCAGUAUCGUGCCAUCUUCUCCGACGAGGAUCCGUUGAUGCCACCCGGAGGUCAUAUGUUGAACGAGAGCGCUAUCUUUCACGGCUGGGUCGUGCAACAGGCGGCACAGUUCUUGGAGACUUUAGACCGAGAUCUCCAGCGCGGCGUGGGAAGUCGACUGGACUCUCUCCUCGGCCAGUGUAUGUAUUUCGGCCUUUCCUUCAGUCGGGUGGGGGCGGAUUUCCGCGGCCAGCUCGCUCCGAUAUUUCAGCGGGUUUCAAUGGACACGUUUCGCAAGGCCAUUCAGGAAGCUGUGGAAAAGUUCCAAGAGGAUAUGAACUUGUACAAUCUGAUUUCUUUCAUGUCAACGCUUGGAAGCACCAUUCCUGCAGUGGCUCCGAGCACCCAGCCGGGAACACUUCAGCCACCGAUGGCUCUGCUGGAUUUCCCACCUCUAGCCUGCUUCCUCAACAACGUCCUCACGGCCUUUAAUGACUUAAGACUCUGCUGCCCCAUUGGACUCGCCCAGGAAGUUAGCAGAUGUGUUGAGGAAGCUCUUAUCAAGGUGACCAAGCUGAUCCUCGUCUUCCACAGAGCCGAGGAAUCGGCCUUCAAUAGCCGUGAACGGGAGUUAUUUGUACAGUUCUGCAGUACCUUUGCCGAAGACAUGGUGCCCUUCCUGAACCGAUGUUUACAGGUUCUCUUUCCUCCAGCUCAACUCGCUCUCAUACUAGGUGUCCCUCCAACCCAGGUGUCUAAGGAUGGCAGUAUUGGCUGCAUCAAUAUCAACUUGGUUCUGGAACCACUGGAGUUUGUUCUGCCUAAAAAAGAGCUUGUGACGUCCAUUCUGGAUCUCAGCACUGAACUAAAGAGUCUGAGUACAGCCGAAUCUGAUCCUUUACCUGUUUCUGCUGAAGACCGGUUUACAGAAGAGACCGCCCCUGAACAACAGAAGCCCGCAGAAGAGUCCACAUCAACGCCUGAUGAUCUUCUUUCUCAAAACGAGGACAUUUUAGUACAAGCUGUGAAUGAGUCUGAACCAUUAUCAGACACGAAGGACUUUACAGAGGAUUUAUCCACAGACAUAAAUGUUGAAGAAAUGUUGUCUGAAUAAAAUUAUGCCUUUCAUAGCAGGUUUUAUAAAAAAUUCUAGACUAUUCAAGACAAGUUUAUAUCUUUAUUAGGUGAAGGUAAAAAUGUAAUAUAUGUCAUUAAAUAAAGUCAAUAUUUAAAUUGUGGGAAAAACUAAUUGAAUAAAGAGAUGCAUACAUGUUUUCUGUGGGUGACCGACCCCCAAGCUAAUAAUAACCUGCUAAGUGUUUAAUUAAUGUAUAAUAAUGAGAAAUAUUGGCAUGUUUUAAAGAUGGCAAAUUCACUUUAUAAGCAAUACAAGUUUCAAACCAGAAAACAGUAAAUACCAUAGGUAAUUUCUCUGCUUUGACAGGACUGACGCAUAAAACGUUUAUGCAACCGGACACAGAUGGUUAACAAUCAUGUAAUGUCAUGUAUACACUUCUGAUCAUGAUUAUUUUCAGAUACUUGGCUGUUGUACUUUAAUCUGACUCUUUUUUUUUUUUGCAUUGCAAUUUAUGUCUCUUCUAUGCAUUUUCUUAUUCCAGUCCUGGUAGGGUGUUUGACAAAAUAAAGGCGUGUUUAAAUUGUA